GUACUUACUGUAGUACUUAUCACUCGUAUAACUGCAUUCUACUGAUUCCGAAAUGCGAGUGUUUGCAGUGUUAGUAUGCGUGUGUCUGUGUGUGUGUGCGCGCGCACAGCCGAGACAGUACGAGCUAGGUGACGCGGCCGCGCUGUUCGAAAACUUCACCCGCACACACAACAAGCUGUACCCAACAGAGGAAGAAAGAGAGAAGAGAUUCAACAUCUUCAAGGAAACAUUAAAAAUAAUCAAUGAGAAAAACUCCAAGAGGAAGUUUGAUCAUCAAGCAUUCUAUGGCAUAACUAAGUUUGCGGAUCUGUCGGCCGAGGAGCGAUUGCCCAUGGGUUUGCUCGAGGAGUAUAGGCGCGACGGCGGCCGGGGCUGCAGCGAGGGUGCCGCGGGGGAUGCGGGGGGCGCGGGGGACCUGCCCGAGCGCCUCGACUGGCGUGAGCGAGGGAAGGUCACCAGCGUGAAAAACCAGGGGCACUGCGGCUCCUGCUGGGCUUUCAGUGCAGUCGGUAACAUCGAGAGCCAAAUCGCCAUAAAAUACUCCAAACUUCUAGACCUGUCAGAGCAGCAGCUGGUGGACUGCGACGACAGCAGCCGCGGCUGCUGCGGGGGGCUGCCGCAGAGGGGACUGAUAUCCGUAAUCAAAAAGGGAGGAAUUGAAUUGGAAAAAGACUAUCCAUACGAAGAAAAGAAUCAACAAUGCUCCUUUAACCAGAGUAAAGCGAAGGUUCAACUGAAGGGCUGCACCGUCUACCGAAUCACUGAUGAACUAAACCAGCUUAAAUCUAUAUUGAAUACAGUGGGUCCUGUUUCUAUCGGUCUGACAGUGUCCGAUGUUGCGUGGAAACACUACACCGGCGGGAUCAUGUCAGUUGAGGAAUGUCCCGCAGGGUUCAAUAUUAACCACGGCGUCGUGCUGGUCGGCUACGGACUCGAGGGUGGGGUUCCGUAUUGGAUCGUGAAGAACUCGUGGGGCGAGGCGUGGGGCGAUCGCGGGUACAUCCGGCUCAGUGCGGGGCACAACACUUGCAACUUGAUCAGUCUACACGUUUCGAAUGCUCUUGUUUGAUGAUAUAUUUUAUGACUCCCCACUGAAACAAUUAACUAAGGUAUAGUCGCCGUCAUCUUCAUUUCUAGAAUCUACAUCGUGGUCACGCUACGGUUACAAUGGUCCCUCACCAAAAUCAUCAUCAUAUCAUUUGUCAGUAAUGAUUGGUUUCCUCCACAUAAAAUUAAAUUUUUUAUCAUAUUAAUUUUAGAUCAAAUAAAGUUUAAAGCAUCA